AUGACAGACCCGGAACCAACUACGGUUCCGCAUCGACUCGAUUCCGGGCUCGUCGGGGACAAAGGGUCAACAAUCGUGUCGCGCACAGCGCCCUACACCUACACUGGCUCUGGGUCGCACUCAGCCAAUAUGAGCCAAUUCGCCGCUGUACCGAGGGGAGCUGCCCUCGAAACACGCCAUUCUGCCGGAGACGACGCGCCUCGCUUUCCCACCAUCCCUUCAGGCGGCAUUUUAUUGAGUCGCGUCGACCAUGCCGGGACAGCUCGCGGCGGCUGGGACUCCCGACCAAACACCUAUUCCACAUCGUCCACCUUCGAACACCGUCCCCCAACCGAAAACAGCUAUCCGCCGCAAAUACCAAGUCGACACCCAUUACCACUUUCUCGGAGCAAUUCGCAGGGCACCAACACCACCAACGGCGCCGACCCCGUGUUUACCCCGCCCGCGAGUGGAGGGAGGUUGAGCCCCGGCACUAGCACCGCCCAGGGCUCGAGCCAGGGGUCUCAAUUACACCAACUUUCUCAGGUCGCCGCAGCCCAAGCGAGGAUACCCGAGGACGCGACCGACAUGGGCCACGGCGCGUCAAAAAAGCGGAUGGCCGAUGGCGUGGUGAAGCAUACGCGCGACAAGUCGAACGUGUCCCCGCGGCAAAUGGUCGGCCACUCGAGGAAUACCAGCACCGUCAGCGUGGCAUCCACGGCAGGAAGCCGAAUUGGAGAGUUGUCCGCCGAACUGAAAGCGCGCCUGUCGUACGCCAUGGUCAAGGUCGACCAUGGAUGGCAGUCUCACUCCAUAGAGCAGGUUGAGACAUUAGCUUCACAGGCGCCCUCCCCUGCAUCUUCCGGGUCAACGAUACACCUGAGGAACGGCUCCUCAGCAAGCCCACAACUUUCCACUGUCUCGCAUCGUGGCAGCAAUAACACGACCCCAGCCACGGGUCCACAGCAUCACCCACUUGGCCACCCCGGGGAUCCCCAGUGGAGGACGUCCCCGCAAUCCACCUCCCGGGGAGACUCAACAUCUCUGGUGAAAAGCAGCCAUGGCCUUGCACCGCCCGUAAGCAUCCAGCCGUCACAGCACUUAGGGAAUCCCCGGAGGGAACCCAACCCACGACAGAUUCCCCCGUUCCUUUCCCGCCAUACCUCACCGGGUGCAGGGCUACACAGCCGCCCCUAUCCCGCCCCGGGCCGACACAGGAGCGCCACCACGGACGCCAUGCUCGUUUCGCCGCACACCAACGUCCGUGAACAAGACGCAAUCGAAUCACUCCUUUUCAUGAGUAGCCCAGGCAACUCGGCCAACCUCAUGCACGCGUUCCCCAGCUCUGCCUCUCAACCCCUACCGUCAAGUCACAUGGCACCGCAGCGAACCGCUCUCCCGACUUCACAACCACGGAAGAGCCUACCCACGGGACGGCCGCCGCAUCACGCCCGCUCGCAAUCCCAUUCUCAGCCGCAUACCCAAAAGCGCGUCGUCUUCGACAAGUCCCCGUCAGCCAUGGAUAUUGACGAACCCCCGUUCGUGGGCGGCUCACCCAUGUCGGUGACAAGGGGCACGCCACGAAGGAAGAUGAACGGUGACCACCACGCCCAUGCUCAAGCACCCGCGCCAGCACCAACUCCGAGGUUGAAACAACUACCGGUUUCAACGGGCCUAACCGUAUCGUCGAAACCGAGGCAGGCGCUGGCCGAUGACGAGAUUGACCGCAUGCUGGACAGGGCCGCCGCCGACGGGGACUCGGAUUCCGAUGGCGAGAUCGAGUUGCCGGUCGUAGGGCGGGGGCGUCAGGACGACACGGGGGUCGUGGGUUCUUAA